GACGCCGGGGUCUUCUCCGCGCAGCCGCGGGGAUCCGGCCGGGACGUCGCGUGACCCGCGGGGCCAGAGCGAGGACCGACGCCGGCUUCCCCUCCCCUUCCGCUCCGGGCCGCCGCGGGCGGUGGUCUGAGGCGGCGCCCGGCUAGCGGCUUCGUCUCCUGGGCCCUGCGGAGCCAUCGGGGCGGAGAGCCCGGUCCCUGGCGGCGGGCGGCGGGCCAGGCCAGGCGCGGUUUUUGGCGGAUCCCGGGACACGUGGUUCGUUCCCGGGGACCCCAACCGGCGGCGGACUCCUCAUUGCACGCGGGCUUAGAGCUCGCAGGUGGUUGCGACCAUGACGAUGACCCUCUUGGAGGACUGGUGCCGCGGGAUGGACGUGGACAUCCACCGGGCCCUCCUGGUCACGGGCAUCCCGCAGGACUGCGGCCCGGAGGAGAUGGAGGAGACCCUGAGCAGGGCCCUCUCCCCGCUGGGCCCGUACCGCGUGCUCAACAGGAUCUUUGUGAGGGAGGAGAACGCCAAAGCCGCCCUCCUCGAGGUGGGCGAGGGGGUGAGCCUGAGGGCCGUUCCCCGGGAGUUUCCGGGAAGAGGCGGUGCCUGGAGGGUGGUCUGCAGGAACCCCACCCAGGAUGCCGAGUUUUUAAAGAACCUGAACGAGUUCCUGGAUGCCGAGGGGCGCACCUGGGAGGACGUGGUCCGCCUACUCCAUCUCAACGACGCCCCCGCGCCCCGGAACCGGAACCGGAACCCGCCUCCGGGGAACUGGGUAGAAGCUUUGGGGGCGCUCCUGGGGACCGUGAUGCAAGUCAUCGUCCACCUGGACUCAGAGCUCCGCAGCCAGGAGGAAGCCAGGGCCCAGGAGGCCGAGGAGGCCUACGCCCUGGCCAUGGCGGCGUUAGCUGCCGGGAGGAAGGGCCAGAAGGAGCCGGGCAGGGCUGCCAGGGCGUGCUCUGUCCGGACGAGGGGGAACCCAGGCAGCUGGGAUGACGUGGAAGAUGAAGGCGACCCUCCCGAACCUUUGGUUCGUAAGGCUAGAGCCAAGCCUCGCUCCAGGAGAAGGAAGCAGAAGAAAAGCCCCAGGCAGGAGCCAGUGCCCUGGAAGAGACCCAAAGGCCACCAUGCCCGCAGCCCGGCCUCCUCCGAGGGGCCUGAGGCCGAGGAUGGGGACAACGGGGAAGUCCCCGAGUGUCCCAGGGGCAGCAGAACGCCCCGUGUGAAGCAGGCUGCGGCUGGGAAGAAGCCUGCGGAGAAAUGCCCCUGGAGGGCUCCCCGACACGCCCCCCAGGAUGCCGGGGCAGAAGCUGCCUCUGAGCCAGAGCAGGACGAUGGUCCCGUGGAACCGCCAAAGAAGAAGGCCAUGGGCUGGGCCUCGGCAAAGAGCCCGGGCCGCCUGAGGAGGAGGAGGAGGAAGGUGAGCUUGGGCCCCGUCUCUUACGUCCUUGUCGGUGUGGAAGGCACCAAGAAGAAGCCAUCGAUUCCAAAGAAAGGGCCGGGCCUGCGAAGGGGCACGGCAGGCCAGAGGGCCCUUCGGGGCUCACAGCGCGCGGAGUCACCUGCCUCGGCGCCACAGGGUACACAGGCCAAACCGGAAGGCGCUCCAGGUGAGUGUGACCGCGGGAGUCAUUUGGGUUGUGUCUACCAGCAGGUGAGGGGGGAGGAGCAGGAGUGGCAGGUGGGGGCUGAUGAGCCCAAGGAGGACCCCAGCGCGGUGGAGACGGUGGGUGACACACCAGUUGAGGGUUUAGAGGGCAAAAGCCCUGACCUCCCUCCUCGGAGCCUCUGAAGGUCAACAUGG